AAACAAAGUGUAGUAUCCUGUAUUUCUCUCUCUAAUUUGAUAUGUCCCAUCAAAACAGCUGCUACUCACACACACACACACACUCUUUAGUCUUUCCAACCCCAAAAAACGCAGUAUUAAGUGCCUCACCCUCUGUCUCUGUCCUACUCCGGUUUUGUAAUUGUUCCCCAUUUCCUAUAAUUCUCCGUCCUCCUUCGACAUGCAAUUUCAUCAAGUUGAAGAAAAACAAAAAAGUUGCUUAAUUUUGUGAAAUUUUAAUGUCUGAAAACAAACGACCAUUUCUUAACGAUGAGCUCUCCAAAAAGACCUCAAUUUUCGGGCUAAGAUUGUGGGUUGUUUUAGGAAUAUGUGUUGGUGCUGGAAUUGUUCUGCUUCUUUUCAUUAUCUCUCUCUGGUUCACUUCAAAACGCAACAACAAAGUAAGAAACGCCCACACAAAUGGAACCAUCAACAACAACAACACCAGCAACAACAUCCCAAACAUCUCCAAAGAAAUCAUGGAAAUCCGACAAGAAAAUUCGGGUGACGGAGUAAUAAGCACCCGAGGCACAUUGCCCGACCCGGUACCUGAAUCGGAGAAUAACCCAAAUGGACAUCAGAGAAUUCACAUUGAAAUUGGGAAGGAUCAUAGGAUAUCGUAUCCGGAACGGGCAAUUGGAUCCGGGUCAUCAUAUUCAUGUCAUGGUAGUGGGGAGCAGCAAAAUGGGUUGUUAUUGUUAGUUCCAGAAGUUUCACAUUUGGGUUGGGGACAUUGGUAUACUCUUAGAGAGCUAGAAGAGUCUACUAAUGGAUUUGCUGAUCAAAAUGUCAUUGGUGAAGGUGGUUAUGGAAUUGUUUAUCAUGGAAUUCUUCAAGAUAACACUCAUGUGGCUGUUAAAAAUUUGCUCAAUAACAGAGGUCAGGCUGAAAAGGAGUUCAAAGUUGAAGUGGAAGCAAUUGGACGUGUUCGACACAAGAAUUUAGUCAGAUUGUUGGGUUAUUGUGCUGAAGGAGCUCAUAGGAUUCUUGUAUACGAGUAUGUGGACAACGGGAACUUAGAACAGUGGCUUCAUGGGGAUGUAGGACCUCUUAGCCCUCUUACAUGGGAAGCUCGCAUGAAUAUUAUGAUUGGGACAGCAAAAGGAUUGACAUACUUGCACGAGGGGCUAGAGCCUAAAGUUGUCCAUCGGGACAUUAAGUCGAGUAACAUAUUGCUUGACAAACAAUGGAAUGCGAAAGUGUCUGAUUUUGGCCUAGCAAAGCUCCUGGGAUCAGAGAGUAAUUAUGUGACGACACGUGUGAUGGGAACUUUCGGAUAUGUUGCUCCAGAAUAUGCCAGUACUGGUAUGUUGAAUGAAAGAAGUGACGUGUAUAGCUUUGGCAUUCUUCUAAUGGAGAUAAUAUCUGGAAGAAACCCUGUGGACUACAGCCGCCCGCCUGGAGAGGUGAACCUAGUUGAUUGGCUCAAACAAAUGGUUUCAAACCGAAAUGCAGAGGGCGUGUUGGAUCCUAAAUUUCCUCAAAUACCUUCUUCACGGGCACUUAAGCGCGUUCUGUUAGUAGCUUUACGAUGUGUAGACCCAAAUGCACAAAAGCGUCCGAAAAUGGGUAACAUAGUACAUAUGCUGGAAGCUGAGGAGCUUCCGCUCCGUGACGAUCGUAGGACUUCACGGGAGCAUGGAAUUUCUAGCCAGAUUACCACAAGAGGUAGGCUGAUGGAUGAAUCAGGAGAUAGUAGCGGAUAUGAAAGUGGUGUGUCAAUUCGUAGAUUGCCAUUGAAAAAGCAAGAAACUGUAGACGAGCACUAGAAUUGUGAGGUUUGUAUAGUUGGUGAUGAGAUGUUUGAUUGUUUGGUUUCCAUUGAUGUUGUAAUCCCCACACCGAUUUUAUUCUCCUGUACAUGACCGUGUAGGAACUUUAUGCAAGAUCAAUCAUAUUAAGUGCAUCCUUUUUGAAGUUUAAUGCCUUGCAUACACGACGUGGAGGUUAGACUUGUCAAAAACGGAUCUGAAACCAACUAAAAUAAGGGGUUCGUUUGGUUUAUGAAGGGGAAAGGGAAUGGAAUCAAGUAAGGGAAACAUAGAGAACGGAGUCAAGAAAGAGAAUGAGAUUGAAUUGUUUGGUAGAUUUAUACAAGAAAGGGAAUACACCCACUAUUUUCUCUUCUUCUCACAGCACCACCAGUCCACCAUACCAUCUUCCCCAGCUCACCACAGAAUAGGACUAUGACAACAAUUCACCGGCAACCACAUCACCGGUGUGCCACCUUCCUUGCCUUCUCGUCUUCCAUUCAACAGCUUCCAUCGACCAACAUUUUCUUUCUCUAUCUUUUGGGUGCGGUUGAUACAACAGUUUUUGUUUGCUCGUCGCGGGAGUUUGUAUACGUGUUUGCCACCAACAACAGUGGUUGUUGUUGUUGAUGACUGCAUUCUUCCUCGUUGGAGUAAUUAAAGCAAUCGUAAUAUUUUGUCUCGCCUCGGUGGUGAGCGUUAAUGAUGGGGACUAGUGGUGGGCGUCGAUGAUGGGGACUGGUGGUGGUGGUCAGCUGUCGACGAUAGGACUAAUUGAUGGUGGGAUGGUGGCCAAGGUCCGUCAAUGGUGGUUAUGUUGUAGAGGAAAAUGGGGGAAUGAAAAACCUUAGAGGGGGGGGGGGGGGGUGGGGAAUGAAUGUAAAGGGAUUUGAGGUCCUUCAAAUUGAAAAACGAGUAAAGGGAAUUGCAAAACCUCCCAACCAAACAACAUAAAAGAGAAUCGACAAAAUCAAUUUCAUUUCCCUUUCUCGUAGACCUCUAACCAAACAUCCAAUAAAUGGUUUGACCAUGAUUUUAACAUUUCAAUGAAUGUGUCCCUUUAAGAAUUUUUUUCUUAUAAAAUAACAGAUAACUAUUAACUUGUUACUAUCUCUUGUGAAAAUGUUUAGGCUUACUCAUAAUAUUAUAGCGCAACGUAAAAUAAUUACUAAAAUCUUCCAUCCAUGACCCCACCAUCAUCAAUUUGAAACUUUCACAGCACGCAUGCGUUAGAAAGGUCAAACACCAAAGACCCGGGCCGAAUGAGUGCCAACCCUCUUCCACCUUCCUUUAUGGUUACUCACUCUUGGCUUAUUUCAAUUUUCAAGGGAGCUAAUGUAGGAAAGCUGUCAGUUAUGUGGAAAUAAGGAGGUUACUCCGAAGGUUGAGCUUCUUUCCUAAGAAACUAUUGAUAUUGACAAGUUACUCCAAACUAGUAUUUAAAAGGAAAAAUGGACCAGAAUAAUUAAACUAUGGGUUGUCCACUUUGAAUAAUUUUAAUUAUGAAUUAUUUAUAAAUAAGCACAAUUACGAAUUCUUUUUAAUUAAUCUCAAGGGUCUUCUUUCUUAUUGUGAUUUCUCAAAUUUCCUGCAUUUUAUUAUGACCAACUAAUUAAAUCAAGCAAAAUUUGAAACAUCGGUGUUGCACUCUUAAAUACUAGAUUCAGAAACUUCAACCAAAACCCCCAAAUUUCAAUAAUGAUCAUAUUAAGGAGAGACACAUGGUGAUAAAAACAAAAUUCUAUUGUGACUUUCCACACAAAUUUUAAAUUUGAAUGAUUCACAUAACAAUUAUAUAAAUUAAAUGGCUAACACAAUUUAAUUGUACUUUUGAUAAAUUAACUCGCAUUCAGACUUUAAAUGUAAAAUUUGUUUCUUCUACAUCCUUUUCAAAAUGAAAUUGUCAAUGUAAAAGUUUAUUGAUUAUUUAAGCAAAAUUAGAUGAUACAGGCUCCACCGUCUGGGUUGCCCCUAUGGCCGCUAUGGGAUUACUGUGUAAUACCAUUUGCCUGUCGACAAAGUGAGUAAUUUGCUCAGCUUUAGCAUUUUGUGUUUGUCUUAGAGGCAUAUAUGUUUAAAGAAGAGGUAGAAGAAAUGCACUUGUAUUGGGAGGUUAAGAAGGAAGAUGUAAAGCAAAACUCAGAAAGAGAGAAAGAAUCCUUUGAAAAGUCGAAGAAAAUUUACUUGAACAAGAAAACUCUAGAAAAAGGGUCGGAUAAUUUCCUCGAAGAGGAAGAAGAGAGAAGUUUGUAUCUCAAGGAAAGCGAAAGUUGCAUGGAGGAGAGAACCAUGGGAGAAGAAGAAGAGAAAGAGAAGAAAUUUAGAGUCAAUAAAAUUUACUCAGGUGUUUCAAACACCCUAUUUGUAGUCGAAAAGAGACAGUUACAAAUUAAAUUUGAAAUUCGAAGAAGCUAUCAUUAAGGAGAAUGUGCCAAAGAGGGAAAAACGACCACGUCUAAAAAAACCGUUUCUGCUUAUCAAGUAGUAACUAUUUCCACGAUCAUGAAGGAGCCACCAAUACAGUUGACAUUAAUGUCAAGGAGUUAAUUGGAGAAUUCCAACAAAAUCUGCCAACGAUGUUUGCUAGCAAUGUCUGUCAACGAUGUAUGCUAAGGGUGUCUGCCAAGGUCAAGCAAAAAGUCCCUAGAUCUUCAUUAAUACAUUAUUCAUUCGGGAUAAUUGGUGUGAAGGGAAAAUUGUUGGGGUUUAAAUAUAAGCCCAAGCCCUAUGAUUAGGGUACAAUUAGAGGUUUAACAACUUAAACCCAUUUCUGGGCGGGAAGUUAGUUGUCUAACUAACUUCCAUUCUCUUACCAUUUUGUUAGAAUUAAAUUAUGCUACUUCUCUAUAAAUACUAUACUCUUGUUAUCAUUGAGAUCGUGAUUAAUAAUAAACACAUUUCUGGAUCAUUUCACCUUCUUAAUCUUUCUAUUUCUCUCUCAAUCUCUCUCUAAAGUACUCUUGGUUAAAUGUUGAGUACUCAAAGUUUCCUCUCUAAUCUCCAUUUAAGGAUAACUUCCUGCAUUCUACAUCAUUGGUAUCAGAGCAUUUUCGCUCCUGAACUCAACCAAUUUAUCCAGUUUUAGCUCAAACUUCCCAGUUUCACUAAUUGAGGCAAUCUGGCGAAACGAAAAACGCUUACAGUAGCUCAAUUAAAGACAUUAAUGGAGUCUCGAUUGUUGGAAUUGGGACAAAGAAUGGAGAUUAUUCGAAUCAAUUGGAGGAAAUGAUUCAACUCCUGUAAGAUAAGGAAAAACAGUCAACUGGAGCAGAGCGUGAGGGAUCAAAUGAUCCUCCCUACCAUGGAGGUAAAUCAUUAGGUUUUGUGUCGAAAAUUGAAUUUCCUGUGUUUGAUGGAUCUAAUCCUCGAAUUUGGAUUAAGAAAUGUAUGCAGAAUUUCACCUUAUAUGCAAGAUUUUAGAUAAUAAAAAAGUAGAUCUUGCUAGCUUGUACUUGAUUGGUAAAGCUGAAUCUUAGUAUAAUAGUUACAUAGCAGUAAGAAGACAGUUGAAUUGGGAGGAUUUUGUAGUAGAUUUGUGUUCUAUAUUUAAAGAAGAUAUAGGCGGUAAUGUUGUGGAAGAAUUCAACAGGUUGUCUCAGUCUGGUACCAUUGAUGAAUAUCUAGAUGCAUUUGAAAAUCCGAAAGGAUUGAUGCUGUAGAUAAAUCCUUUACUUCCUAAGCAGUACUUUUUGGAUAGUUUCAUAGGUGGAUUGAAACCUAAUUUGAAGCAUUUUGUUAGAGCCUUCAACCCUGCUACUCUUGUUGAUGCAGUAGAGUAUGCUAGACUUCAAAAAAUGCAAUUAUCCAAGCCACUUCUUCCACCACAAAUAUCAGCCCAAACCCAUUCCAAAUUAUAAACCCCUUUCUUUGCCAUCCACUACUAAACCUUUGCUUCCAACACCUUCCUUGUCCACUCAAACUCAAACCUCGCAUAAUACAAGGCCUUAUAGACCAACCAAAUACCUUACACCUGCUGAAAGAGAAAAUAAACAAGCUAAGGGUCUAUGCUAUUUCUGUGAUGCACCUUAUGAUAAGGGUCAUAAAUGCCAGAUACAACAAACUCAACUGUUUGCUAUAGAAAUCCUUGGUUUAGAUGAUCAAGAGUAUGGUGAGGAUGGUGUGGAGGAAACCUUGGAGAUGUUUCAGAAAGAACCUUAUAUUUCUAUUAGUGCUCUAUUUGGUAAUUAUGGUUACAAUACCAUGAGAGUCACUAGUUAUGUGGGUAAAAAGCCACUUCAUAUCUUGAUAGAUUCAGGCAGCACUCACAACUUCUUAGAUGUGUCCUUAGCUAUGAAGUAAGGAUGUCAGAUUGUUGCCAUGCCUGUUAAGUUUGUUUCUCUAGCUGAUGGAAAUACACUCUCUUGUCAGUCUAUGUGUAAAGGGUUUCAGUGGAGGCUGCAGAACACUAUGUUUGUCACAGACACCAUGCUUAUACCUCUGGGAGGGUGUGAUAUGGUUCUGGGAGUUUAGUGGCUUCAGUCUUUGGGGACAGUGCAAUGGAACUUUCAGAAUCUUAGAAUGGAGUUCGCCUAUAAUGGCACUCAUCAUGUGUUGAGGGGAAUGUCUUCUAAUAAGGUCACUACAAUUAAAGGGUCUGCGCUCAGAAAUUGGUAACUUCUAAGGUUACUUCUGUUCAACCAUGCUUCUUAAUUACAGGUAUCUAGUCCACAUCCUGAUGAUCAUAACUUACAUUCCACCGCUACUUGCUUAUGUCACAUCACUGGACUACAUGCUGCACCUGAACUCUUAGCCUUACUAGACAAAUAUAAAACCCUUUUUGAAGAACCUACUCCCUUACCUCCUAGUAGAUCCUUGUUUGAUCAUAAAAUACCUUUGUUGCCAGGAGCUCAUCCUGUCAACAUUAGACCUUAUAUGUAUCCUCUCAAACAAAAAGAUGUUAUAGAAAAUGUUGUGCAAGAAAUGUUGAAUCAGGGUAUUAUACAAGAUAAUUCUAGCCCAUUUGCUAGUGCUGUUGUGUUGGUAGGGAAGAAGGGUGGUUCUUGGAGACUAUGUGUGGAAUACUGGGAACGACUUAAUAGGAGAACUAUGAAAGAUAAGUUUUCAAUCCCUGGCUUGUAGUUGAAGAGCUAUAGAUGAGUUGGCAGGGGCUGUGGUGUUUAGUAAACUGGACCUGAGAUCAGGGUAUCACCAGUUAAGAAUGUAUGUUGAUGAUGUUCACAAAACUGCCUUCAAGACUCAUUCUGGUCAUUAUGAGUUCUUGGUCAUGCCUUUUGGAUUGACCAAUGCCCUUGCCUCUUUCCAAUCUUGGAUGAAUUAUGUGUUUAAACCACUUCUUAGGAAGUGUGUUUUAGUUUUCUUCGAUGACAUACUAGUCUAUAGUCCUAGUUUGUCACUUCACUGGCAUCACUUAGGUUUCAGUUGAUGCAACAUCAUCACUUGUUUGCCAAACCUAGUAAAUGUGCAUUUGCCACAUCAAGGGUUGAAUAUUUGGGGUACUUUAUAUCAGUACAAGGUGUUAUAACUAACCCUUCUAAGAUUGCAGCAGUUAAAGCUUGGCCUAUUCCUACUCCAAUUAAAGAAUUGAGAAGCUUCCUUGGUCUGUGUGAUUACUAUAGGAAGUUUGUUAGGAACUAUGCUCUAAUUAGCAAACCCAUGACUCAGUUGCCCAGGAAAGGAGAAUUUGUGUGGUCUGACUCAGCUCAAGAAGCAUUUGAAGCAUCAAAGGAGGCUCUUGUUUCAGCCCCUGUCUUAGCGGUUCCUGAUUUCUCUAAAACAUUCAUCCUUGAAACCGAUGCAUCUAAUGAAGGAAUUGGGGCUGUUCUUAUGCAAGACAACCACCCCUUAGCUUUCAUUAGCAUGACAUUGGGUCCUAAAUGGCAAAAACUCUCUGUUUAUGAGAAAGUGUUGCUUGCCAUAGUAUUUGCUGUCCAGAAAUGGGAGCAAUAUCUCAUUAGUCAAAAAUUUGUCAUUCACAUUGAUCAAAAGAGAAUUAAAUGGCUUACAGCAGAAAAUCAGUACACCUUUUCAGCAAUUUUGGCUUUCAAAGUUGAUGGGCUUUGACUAUGAGAUAUUUUACAAAUCUGGCAAGGAAAAUUUAGUGGCUGAUGCUUUGUUCAGAGUGUCAGGUUCUGAGAUAUUGUGUUUGGCAUUGUACUAUGCAGUCCAAUCUUUCCUCUUUGAUCAUUGAUACUUAUCAGUUAGAUCCUGCUCUUUUGGAACUCUUUCAUGCUUUACUAGCACAAGAACCUGUGGAUGCUAAGUAUACUUUACAAGAUGGCAUAGUCAGAAGACAUGGUAAGAUUGUGGUUGGCUCUUGAUGAGUGAUAUUUAUAUCACUCUAAACCUCUUAUUUAUCCCUAUAUUUAACCUUUAUUUUGUAUUUUACCCUCUUUUAUUUGUUUGUUUUGCUUAAAAUGCACCUUUUUUUGUUUUACUAGUUCUUUUUAGAUAUGUCUUUGUUUUACUUUUCAAGUUACUUUUUACAUUAUUUUCUUGGUUUUUUAUAGGUCCAAUUAAAAUAUACUUUUAAUUUCAUCUAUAAAGCCAAAGGAAUGCACAAAUGUGGAGUAAACCAUGAAUGAUGAAGGGACGGAGGCAAAUGGAAGUUGAAGAAGCAAGGUUCACAAGAUGGUCCACUUUGAACGACCAUAUCUUCCAUACAAAAUCAUUUUUCAGUGAUUCAAAUUGGAGAGUAAAUUUGGCUCGUUAUCUUUCCAACGAUAGGUCACAUGCUUGAUUUGCAUUAAAAACGAGAAAGUUAUGGUCAUUUGAAGUUGAGCUGUUUGUGCAGUUCUCUUAGGAGCGCCCGCUCCCUUUUUCAUGGAGCGCCGACUCCUUGUUUUUUGGAGCUCCCGCUCCCAGGUCGCUCUCUGGUCUCUCCAACUUUCUGUUUUGCCCAGUUACCAUAGGAGCGCCCGCUCCUUUCAAAUUUUCCGGACAGCUCUGUUUUUUUCGCGACUCUUUGAUGAUGUAAUAAUUGGACCUAUAAGUAGGAAUCAUCCCUAUUCAUGAAGGAAAACCUAAUUUUUGAGGGGGGAUUAGCCUCCAUUAGUUUUAGAUUAGGAUUUUAAGUGAGAGAAAUCUCAAAACCUAGAGAGAGAAAAGGGAGAAAACUCAAAGAGAGGUUGAAGAUUGUAGAUUCAAGGGUGACACUUGUAUUGGAACUUUCAACCAUUCAUCAAUGAGCAUUUCUUACUCUA